CAAAAACCGGAAGUAAACUUUGACAGCUGACAGAUGAUAAACAAAGAUCACAAUAUAAAGUUUAAAGGUGAAUUGUUCAUUGCCACGUGUUAUUUGAUGUAUAUUGCGGAUUGUUUAGGAAAAGAAAGCAGAAAAAGCCGGUGAAGAUGAGCAGUAGUAAAAAGAGGGGUCUCGAUUCAGACCCAAGCUUGGGGGCCAUGCCCAAGUUCACAAGCUCUGUACCUAUACCUAAUGGCACAGGUUCCAGCUAUGGCCCCGCCCCUCUCUCCCAUGAGCAGGCUGCACAUUAUGAACGGGAGUCAUGUGACUACAAUAUCCGUAUCUCAUUGGCUGAUGCAGUGGCUGGAAGAGCCCCAAGGCGUGUGAGGGUGUACGCUGAUGGCAUAUAUGACAUGUUCCACUCUGGCCACGCUAGGCAACUGGAGCAGGCUAAAUGUGCUUGCCCAAACACAUACCUGAUUGUCGGAGUCUGCAAUGAUGAGCUGACCCACAGGAAGAAAGGCCGUACAGUGAUGAACGAGAGUGAGAGGUACGAGGCUCUGCGUCACUGUCGAUACGUUGAUGAGGUGGUCACUGAUGCACCCUGGACACUUACUGACAAAUUCCUUGAAAAACAUAAGAUAGACUUUGUUGCUCAUGACGACAUUCCAUACUCUACGGGGGCCGGCAGUGCCGGCGAUGUGUACAGCGUAAUUAAGGCUCGCGGAAUGUUCUUGACCACCCAGCGCACUGAAGGUAUAUCCACGACAGAUGUAAUAGCCCGUAUCAUCAAGGAUUAUGACAUGUAUGUCCGCCGUAACUUACAACGAGGCUACACCGCCAAGGAACUCAACGUCAGCUUCAUGAAGGAGAAGAAGCUGCAGUUUAGUGAAAGGUAUGACAAGAUCGUGGACAAGGGCAAACAGUGGAAGGACAAGGGCAAGGAGUGGAUAGAUAACUGGCAGGAGAGGUCUAACGAGUUCAUCGGGAACUUUCUCGAGCUGUUUGGCAGGGAUGGCAGGCUUACAACCUGGAUGAAGCGAGCCAUCUCCCCGGUUACAGUGCAGGAUCACUCUGACGACAACGUUUCCACGAGCCCCUCCCCUGAGUCCUCACCCAGGGAGCCAAGAUCAAAACGAGCGCGACCUUCAAGCCCGGAUAAUAUGUGCGCCUCAAAGAAGCUCAGUUUUGAUGAGUGUUCUGAUGAUGAAGAUGACUUUUAGUUUUAGUGCAAUAGGAUAAAUCUGAACAAAAUAUACAACAUGUGAACUGUUCUCUGUGAUUUUAAUUGUUUUAUAUUUAGAGGUAUUCUUCUAAAAAAUAUGAUUAUUAGUUUUGAGGAAUGAUUACAGAUGUUUUAUAAAAAAAAUUAGAUGCCAGUAUGGACUUGUACUCUUACACUUUAAUUAUGAUCAAAACUACUGGUAUGUAAAAACAAUGUGUAUUAUAAUUGAAUUAUUAACUCAAUUAUUAUAAUAAGUUUAUUUAUAUGUUGUAGAAAAGUUUGAUGCAACAAUUGCAUAAUAAGAAACAAGACUUGACAAGAUGUUGACAAGAGUUUUUAUUUAUGUUCAGUGAAAUAUGAACAUCAAUAUUUUAUUGGAUUUUUUAUUUUAAGAUGCAUCUAUGUGAUAUAUAUUUUUUCUUGAUUUUUCUAGCUAUUUCUUUUCAUUAUUGCUUACAAGUAUUUAACUUAUUCAUUUUGUUGUUUCUCAUGUGUCUAUAAGAUAUUUAUCCCCUCUCAAUAACACAUCAAUUUUUCAUGCAAUAUUUUUGGAAUGCUUCCCAGGAGAUUUUGCUUUGAAAUCAAAUGUACAUUUCCCUGAAGUAGCUAUGGCCUGUAGUUAUUUUUGCAUGGUCUACUUUCAAAAUUAUUUUAUUUAAACUAGCAUAUCUUUUCAACUGAAAAGCACUGUAUUGUGUACAUACCUUGUAAGAAAAUGUAUUUUUUUAAAUCUUUGGGAUAUUCAUCACCUGCCUGGAGAAAUGGGAUAAAUUAAAAGUAUGGGGCAAUUUUUCCUACCGCUGACAGAUAUGGCAGGUAUGGUCAUCAUUAAAAUAUAGAUAAUCACGUAGAGAAAGAGAUUCUUUAUUUCCUCCAAUUUGAAGAUACAUGUCAAAUUAUAAUCAGAACAUGAAAGAAACAUAUAGAACAAAACUUAACAUGAAAUUUAUACAACAAACAAUUACAUCAGGUAAGAAUAAUAAUAAUAAAUAAUACAAUGAAUAAAACAGUAUGAUAACUAUGCGUCUAUACAUGUAUUCAAACAGCGUGAAUAUAACAUAGUUUUAUAGUCUUAUUUACCUUUCUUCAUUCUAUGACUUAUUACAUUUUAUUGUUAUUUAUUUUUUAUACACAUAAGCAUUUCUUGUUCAUACUUUGAAUUUACACCAUGCGUAAAAGAAAAACACUAUUAAAACGAUGAAAAAUGAAAGUCUAGGUCUUAUUCAAGGGAGUUAGAGAGCUAUAGUACAUGUGCAUAAAUGCAAGCAUUUAUUUUGAUACUGUUUAACUUAGAAGUAUUUUCCUAAAUGGGAUACAUUCUUAUGUCUAGUAAGUCUUCGCAUGUUAAGAGGUGUUAAAGUUCAUUCCUGUGUUCAUAUACAUGUAGAUUCUGCUAUAUUUAGUUAUAAUUUUUUGUAUGACAUAUUCCUGUUAUUUAUCUGUUUGGUUCUGUAUUUUGAUCAUGAUAUAUCAUCUGUGUUAGAUAACUGAUCUCCAUUCAUUCAUGUCUGUUAUGAAACUGUUUGUGUUUUAAUUAUCAAGGUUAUUCCCUGUCUGUUGGGGGUCAUUCACAUUUGAUUUUAUCAGUCAAGCGAAAACUAGGUUAUUGCUGUUGUGAUAGGAUUCCUUUAAUUAAAUGUACAAGUUAUUAUGAUCAAUUCUAAUUGUAUUAUUUCAUGAAUUAUUGUAUAUUUAUUUUUCAUUCUUACAUGUAUAAUAAUAUAAUUAGGUCAAGAAAGGUAGAUUUGGUGUCCAAAGAAGUAGAUUUAGGAUCCGGUGAGGAAGAUUUGGGAUUCAGAGAGAACCCAAAGAGGUAGAUUUGAGGUCCAGAGAGGUAGAUUUGGGGUCCAGAGAGGUAGAUUUGAGGUCCAGAGAGGUAGAUUUGGGGUCCGGAGAGAGGUAGCUUUGAGGUCCAGAGAGGUAGCUUUGGGGUCCAGAGAGGUAGAUUUGAGGCCCAGAGAGGUAGAUUUGGGGUCCAGAGAGGUAGAUUUGAGGUCAAAAGAGGUAGAUUUGAGGUCCAGAGAGGUAGAUUUGAAGUCCAGAGAGGUGGUUUUGGGGUCCAGAGAGGUAGAUUUAAGGUCCAGAGAGGUAUAUUUGAGGUCCAGAGAGGUAGAUUUGGGGUCCAGAGAGAUAGAUUUGAGGUCCAGAGUGGUAGAUUUGAGGUCCAGAGAGGUAGAUAAGGGUCCAGAGAGGUAGAUUUGAGGUCCAGAGAGGUAGAUUUGGGGUCCAGAGAGAUAGAUUUGAGGUCCAGAUAGAUAGAUUUGAGGUCCAGAGAGGUAGCUUUGGGAUCCAGAGAGGUAGAUUUGGGGUCCAGAGAGGUAGAUUUGAGGUCAAGAUUGGUAGAUUUGGAGUCCAGAAAGGUAGCUUUGGGGUCCAGAGAGAUAUAUUUUUUGGGGUGCACAGACUCCUCAAUGUCUUUGCUAUUUAUAUCCUUUCGUAUGUAUUAUGUACACAUUUAGUAAUAAGAACCACAUAAAUUAUAAUGUUGCGUAUGUAAAGAUUGUACCUUUUACCAGCAAGACAUCCUGCAUUUUCAGAGGUACAUUAGGAAAAGAUGCAGCUUAAAUGCAAUACAUAUUCAGUAGGAUGCGUAGAAAAAUAAAGAUUAGGUAUAAGUCAUAUCUUAUCAUUUGCCAAAUCUACAUUAGAUUUACGGUAUUUACCAUAGUGCACAUAGGCAACAUUCAAGUAAUAAUCCAUCGGUUUACAAACAGUAUAUUCAGAAAAUGUAUUAAGGUAAAUAUUCACAUUGAUUCAUUUUUUUAAUAUUUGACAACCAGGCCAGGGAGUUGUUCACGGACUGCAGCUGAUGAUUUUACAGAUUUUUAUCAAUUUGAUGAUUAUGAUAAAACUCAAACAAAAUAAGGUGCAUUAGAAACUUGUAAAUGAGGGUGCUUUUUUCAAUUAUAAUUCAUCGCUAUUCAAUAUUGUGAAUUAUGGUAUGCAUUAAAUUUUUCCUAGUCUUUAUGCAGGCUUUGUGAUGGAUCUAUUUCAUUUAUUUCCCAAUGUCAAUUAAUUAUCCAUUCAUGGAACUGAUUUUGCAAUGUUUGUAUUAAUUUGAUUAAAAUUUACUGUACUAAGCAUUCCCUGUAAUCAGUAUUCUUGAGUUUUAAAUGCUAUGUUUUCAUCUUUGAAUAACAUUUCUCCAGAGUGUUUUAAAAAAAAAUCAGAGAUAAUAUUUUAGAGCUCAAAACAUAAUUUAGAUUAUUUCGGGAUAAUUAUUUUUAUAUAUAUGGAAUAUAUUAAGCAGUGCCAUACAUAAACAUAAUUAUAGUGUCUUUUACCUGUAUUUUUUUUAUUUUUUUAUUGCAUAUUCUAGAGUGUUUAUUAUUUUCUGUCUAGUCAAUAGACCUAUGCUGCUUGCGUUACUAUUAGUUAGCCUAUUGUAUUCUCUGGAGACGGGUCGUUGAUAUGUGAACAUAGUAAUACCUUUGUUAUAUCUGUUCAGUGUUCACCAUUGUUCCAUUGCUAACAACAGUAUUUUCAAAGACUUAUUUCCAUUUUUAAGUUGUCUCAGAUGGAUUUUUUAUGAUUUGUAUAGGAGUUUAUGGAACAAAGAUGUUACUGUUUCAUUACAUUGUUAUAUCACUGCCUCCUGUGGUAAAAUACACAUUGAACAAUCUGUAUUAUACAGAAGCUAAAACCUGUCAAAAGGUAUUAUUCUAAAAUGUCUAAGUCACUCGUUUACACCACUCAGCAUGUCUUUAAACUUACUUAGUAUCUCAUUUAAAUGACUUAAGUAGCAUCUCAUUAUAUAAACUUAGUAUCUCGUUAAUUUAAGCUCUGCUUUUGUUUUAAUCUGUUUCAAUAUAUACUACGAAAACAUCUAAAUUGCAAUCGAUUGUUUGGUAUAUGUUUAUAUGUUACUAAAUUUGUUGAAACUUGUUUAAAGCACUUCUUAUCUUCAACGGGAUAUUAUUUAGCUAUAAGAAGAUAAUAAGUCUUUUUAAUUAUGUGGCAGUAAGAUGUUAUAAGGGGUUACUAAUGAUUUAUAGAAUGAUACUGCUUGACACUAGUCUAUAGGCUUCUAUUGUCUAAAGUGCAUGAUAGCAUUUAUUCAUAAAUGAAGUUAUAAUUUAUUCCAGAUUGCACUCUUAAGUUCAGUAAAAUAAUCCUUUUAGUUACUAGUAAAUAAGAUACCAUCACCUGAUUUCUUGUAUUAGUUUUUGCAGCCUUGCAUAUUGACGAAAUAUUUGAUUAUGUUUGUUUUUAUUAAAUCAUUGCUCAUUCCAAUUGCUGAAUAAAGUAUGUACAAUAUCA